AAACGCGCUCCAUUGCUACGCGAGAGAGAAGGUGGAGUGUUUAGAGAAAUUUACAAAAAGGGUGAACACCAUCGAUUCUUUUGGAACAUCAUUUUUAGUAAUGUCUUCUAGUUCUCAAAAUAUAAAAUGCGGAUGGAAUGGAUGCGGCGACAAAUUCAGCUCAGAACUUGAUAUGAAUAUGCACGUAAUGAUGAAUCACUUGAUGAUAUUGGAAUAUGGAGAAUUUGUGAUGAAUCGGCGAGCAGUGAACCGGAAAAGAGCUCGAGAACUUGCCAGAGAGGAAUCCAUGGAAAUUACAAGCGAGUCGUUACACAAUCCCAAUGCUCUGCGGGCAGUCAAACGUGAACCUGUUCUAGAAGUCCGCGAAGUUGAGGUUCCAACUGUGAAUGUAGCACCAGUUCCCGCACGACUUCCGGACUUUUGUCCACCGGCUCGAGUUCCAGAGCAUCUCCAGCUUAACGGCUUUGAAGAUCAGCAAAGGGAUCACGAAAGUUUGCAAAUCAAAGCAAAUAUUAUGCCGGUGAGCAUGCCAAGUACUGCAGAUGGGCCAUUAAAUCGUUUCUCGCCCGAUCUAGUUGAAAACGAUGCAGGAUCAGAUUCAUCUUUGCAAAAUGGCAACGAUCAGGCUCAAUUUGAUGCUCAGGAGUAUCAAAAUCAGACAGCAGUUACUCCCCUAAAGCUAAUCGAAAUCAUCGACGAAUUUCUGGAUCGACUAAAACCGAUGAAGCAGCUUGGAUUUGUUCGACCACAUAAACCUGUAUACUGUAUUGUGUGUUUGAAGUAUCAAAAAUCUUUCCACACUUGUAACUGGAAACAUACACCCGGCGAGGAUCGGGUCGCAGAAAUGUGGUAUAGACGAUUUGGCAAAGAGAGACCAAACGGUAAAACUCAGCUAAUGAAGGAGCUUUGCGAUAUCAGACAAUGGAUCAUACAAGAGGGAGGACUUGGAACUUUCCAAUAAACUAAUUUAUGAAGAUUUUGUUGUUUAAUAAAAUUUGUUCACUUACCAAUUUCAGCGUUCAUUUUUCGAUGUC